GUUCGGUAGGAUUCGGAUCAGGUCCUCAAUUUUCACGUCCUGGAAGUGACAAGGACGAAGACAAAACAGCUUCUGAGACUUCUAAUGUAAAUACGGGUAUCGGCCUCACGAUUGAUGCUCUGGUCUUUGGUGACUACCCUGAAGCUGUUAGGGCAUCCAAAGCACCAUUCACCGACGAGGAAAAGGAGUUAAUUAAAGGCAGGAUCGACUUUGUAGGAAUAAAUAUCUAUGGAGGCCAAAACGCAACAGCUGGAGGUGGUGGUGGUGGUGGCGAUGGCGGCCCACCUGGCCCACCUGGGGACGGCGGCAGUGAUGGCGGACCACCUGGGGACGGUGGCAGUGGUGGUGGCCCACCUGAUGGCGGCUCCGGUGGCGGAGGAAACAAGCCUGACGGAUUUGGUGGUGUU